GUUGUGGUUAAAAUAACUAUAUUUCUCCUGACUCUGCAAGGAACGCUGUGCUUAAGGAACGUCCACUUAGCUGUACCGGAAUCCGUGGAACGGGGCUCGAGGGUGGAGAUGAAAUGCUUGUAUGAUUUAGAGCAAGAGGUCUUGUACACAGUGAAGUGGUACAGAGGGGAUCGAGAGUUCUGCCGAUACUCGCCGCGGGAUGUUCCCCCACUAAAGAUAUUCCGAAUUCCCGGCAUUGAAGUUGACCGGGAGACGACGGACGCCCAGCGGCUAUCGAUACAGGCGGCGACGCGUACAGCCAACGGGCGAUACACGUGCGAAGUGUCCGCGGAUGCACCCUCCUUCCAGACCGCGCAAGUACACGCGCAUAUGUAUGUUGUCGAUUUACCUAAAUCCGGUCCAGAGAUGGAAGGCUUGAAUCAAUAUUACCGCGCGGGGAUGAAACUCAAAGUGGAGUGCUCAAGUCACAACUCUUUGCCGGCGGCUAAUCUCUCCUUUUUUAUUAACAGUGAACCGGCGCACAAACAACACGUGUGGCAUCGAGUGAGCCCGUCAAACGGCAGUUUAUGGAACGCCUACAGUACAAUACAGUUUGUUGUACAAAAACAUCACUUCAUAAGGGGGAAAAUGAAAAUCAGAUGCACGGCUAACAUCUACUCCAUAUAUUUGAAGAGUAAUGAGCAAUGUGCUUUGGAAGAGCGACUGCCCACGACUCCGCUCAGCCUGCCAGAGAUAAACGAGGUCAUCUUGUAUCCUAUACACCGUAUGGCUGACACUGCUGACAGUGCCGACAAAUUUCAUGGAACUUCGCUUUUUGUGUUUAUUGCUCUUUGGUAUUUCACACAUUUAAUUGGCGUUAAUUAACGUAUAUGGAACUAUUAGGUAGAUAAAAUAUCAAAGUGUUCCAUACAAUUAAAUUAAUUACGGACUCUGGUGUUUCUACGACUGAAAGAAAAAUACUUCAUUAUAUUUGAAUUGUUAUUACUCUAUAGUUGUGCCAACCCGAAUUUAAUAUGUUCCAUUAAAUGGAAUGUGCGAAUUUUAUUUUAUUUUUAAGUUUGACUUUCUAAUUGUCCGUGUUUCUUGGUAUGGCAACAACUUAAGUAAAUCUAAUCGAUCGGUAUCGAUUUAAGUUAGAUAUUUUUAUACUUGUCUCACUAAUUGACAUAUAGACAAGAGAGAAUAUCUCGACAAUCUUGUAUAUUAUGUAACGAUGAACAUAGUCAUGUAAUCAUUUCUUAGAUUGUUAUAAUCAUAAGGCAUAAGGUUGGAGAAUUAUGUAACCGAAAUCAAAGUAACAAAAUUUAAUCAAUGUUAUAUAAUUGUGCUUAAUCAUCGUGGGUUUCUAUUGAACAAAACAUUCGUACAAACGUGAAGAAGACUGUAGAUCUUGGCAGUGGAAACGCACGCUAAAGUGUCAUAAUCUUGUCUAUAUGUUAAUUUAAGCUUGUAUUUAAAAAAACUUUUUAUUAUUUACAUGCUGUAAUUAUUUGCUCAAUUAAACUUAUUUUGUAAUUCAUUAUUUUAUUAUUAUAUUUGUUCGAUGUUCUUAAUAAUAGCAUUAUAUGUAAAUUCUCUAAAACAUCAUUUUGUUAUGACUAAAAUAAAAGGGAAAAUAAUAUAUUUAAAACAAUUC